UACGCGCUUCUUCGCUUGGUGUUGUAGUCGUCGCCGCCGUCCGCGCCCCCGCUCCGGUCUGAGGUGCAGCCGGGACCCAGGACCAUGUCGCUGUCGCGCUCGGAGGAGAUGCACCGGCUCACGGAAAAUGUCUACAAGACCAUCAUGGAGCAGUUCAACCCCAGCCUGCGGAACUUCAUCGCCAUGGGGAAGAACUACGAGAAGGCGCUGGCAGGUGUGACGUAUGCGGCCAAAGGCUACUUCGACGCCCUGGUGAAGAUGGGGGAGCUGGCCAGCGAGAGCCAGGGCUCCAAAGAACUCGGAGACGUGCUCUUCCAGAUGGCGGAAGUCCACAGGCAGAUCCAGAACCAGCUGGAAGAAAUGCUGAAGUCUUUUCACAACGAGCUGCUCACGCAGCUGGAGCAGAAGGUGGAGCUGGACUCCAGGUACCUGAGCGCCGCACUGAAGAAAUACCAGACGGAACAAAGGAGCAAAGGCGACGCCCUGGACAAGUGUCAGGCUGAGCUGAAGAAACUGCGCAAGAAGAGCCAGGGGAGCAAGAACCCACAGAAGUACUCGGACAAGGAGCUGCAGUACAUCGACGCCAUCAGCAACAAGCAGGGCGAGCUGGAGGGCUACGUGUCCGAAGGCUACAAGACGGCCCUCACCGAGGAGCGCCGGCGGUUCUGCUUCCUCGUGGAGAAGCAGUGCGCCGUGGCCAAGAACUCCGCCGCCUACCACGCCAAGGGCAAGGAGCUGCUGGCCCAGAAGCUGCCGCUGUGGCAACAGGCCUGUGCCGACCCCAACAAGAUCCCCGACCGCGCCGUCCAGCUGAUGCAGCAAGUGGCCAGCAGCAACGGCGCCAUCCUCCCCAGCACCCUGUCGGCCUCCAAGUCCAACCUGGUCAUCUCAGACCCCAUUCCGGGGGCCAAGCCCCUGCCGGUGCCCCCCGAGCUGGCACCAUUUGUGGGGCGGAUGUCUGCCCAGGAGAACACACCGGUCAUGAACGGUGUCGCAGGCCCAGACGGCGAGGACUACAACCCCUGGGCUGACCGCAAGGCUGCCCAGCCCAAGUCCCUGUCUCCUCCGCAGUCCCAGAGCAAGCUGAGCGACUCGUACUCCAACACGCUGCCCGUGCGCAAGAGCGUGACCCCCAAAAACAGCUAUGCCGCCACUGAGAACAAGACUCUGCCCCGCUCCAGCUCCAUGGCCGCCGGCCUGGAGCGCAACGGGCGCAUGCGGGUGAAGGCCAUCUUCUCCCACGCGGCGGGGGACAACAGCACCCUGCUGAGCUUCAAGGAAGGGGACCUCAUCACCCUGCUGGUGCCCGAGGCCCGUGACGGCUGGCACUACGGCGAGAGCGAGAAGACCAAGAUGCGGGGCUGGUUUCCCUUCUCCUACACGCGGGUGCUGGACAGCGACGGUGGCGACAGAUUGCACAUGAGCCUGCAGCAGGGCAAGAGCAGCAGCACCGGCAACCUCCUAGACAAGGACGACCUGGCCCUGCCGCCCCCCGACUACGGCGCAUCCUCCCGGGCCUUCCCCGCCCAGACGGCCGGCACCUUCAAGCAGCGGCCCUACAGCGUGGCCGUGCCCGCCUUUGCCCAGGGUCUGGACGACUAUGGCGCCAGGUCCGUGAGCAGCGCCGAAGUGGAAGUGGCCAGAUUCUGAGCCGCCCUGACCAGAGUUAGCCGCGGGCUCCGCCUUUCUGUGCCCACCGCUCCGUGUGCAGGGCGUGGAUCUGGCCUGGCCUCUGUCCGGUCCUCUGACCGCAAUCCCAGGGUGGUCCCAGGGAGCCGCUGUGGGCCGGGCCUUUCCCAGCUGACCACACGGCACUGCUUGGGUUCCUUCGGUGUGUGUCACUUUGUCACUUCUCAUGUCGACUCCAUGGGGUGCGGCCUGAUCCCUGCCUGGUCGGUGAGUAUCACAGCCGGGGAGCCUGGGGGGGGCCAGGGUCAGGGCCUGGGGACAGCCCCCAGAGCACACGGCUCCGUGGGGACAGGUGGACAUGGGGCUCUGCUGCCCAGUCUGACCCCCACGUGGUCCCAGGAUGCCAUCCAGGCUUCCCCAGGCGUGGGGGCCCUCGCUGGCACCCCCAGCCUUCUGGGACAGCCCCUUUCCCUCUGUCCUGGGGAGGCCAGACAGACGCAGGGAGCGGCGAGGGGCUCUGUGCCCACCUGUGCCCCCGGCAGAAGGGGCUGCCCCCUGCCGCCCACCUGGAACUACUAGGAGGGUGGCCCCGUGAGGCCAGCGCCGUCAUCCUUACCAAGGACGGUGGUCACGGGCAGAUCCUGGGCCCUGACUCUUCUGUUACUGCCUUUCUGUUGUUGAGAUGCAGCAUAUUCUGGAAAGUUCUGUAGAAAAUUGGUCCUGAAAUUUGGGGCCAGGAGGAUAGAAGUGCCCUUGGUGGGCCCAGGCCCAGGCCCCGCCUCGCUCCCCCCCCAUCUCCGCCAGUCCUGAGACGUGCGCUCGGGCGGACUGCAGAGCCCUUGCUGGCCCCGGGUCCCUCCGGGCUGCCUGGGGGCCAUGCUGUCCCCACCGACCUGGGGCUCAGGGACGGCUCAGGGCGGCUGGUGCAGCCUUCACCCGGGACCACGUCCCCGUGCGGGGCAGAGACCCCAGCACAGUCUGCCCGGCACCUUGAUUCACCUGGGGGUGGGUGUGCAAAAGCCGCCUGUCCUUGGUCAAGGUACGCCCCCUUUGCCCUGAGCUGGGGCAGCGCGGAAGGGCUGACGGCCCAGAGAUGGGGAACCGUCACGUGGGCAGACAGACAGUGGCUGUCUCGGCGCUGCUCCCUGCUCCGGGGCCCCCUAGGGUGCCACACAUGUUCUGUGGUGACUGGGUUUGUCCGCUAUGUAGGACAGUGACACAGAUGAGUCCCUGCAGAGCGAGAUGCCCUCGGCUUUGUGAUUCUGGAACAGGAACUGCUGUGCCGUGCGUGUGGGCGGGGAUAGCGGGGCCGGGACCGAUGACGUGUGCUUUCUGGUCACAGCGUCGCUGAGAGCUGCCCGCGGGCAGGGGAGGGGACCCCCAGGGGGUGCCCCUUAGUCUGUCGGAGCGGCCAGCCCGCACGCUCCCCCAGGAGCCUCUGACAGCAGCUCCUGGCCAGGAAGUGGAGCCUGGUCCUCAGCGCUGACAUGGGGCACUGAGGCCCCCCUAGGUCCCACUCGGGAAGCAAACCGGCCGCCAGGGUCCCCGCACUCUGCGCCGUGUGUCGUUGACAUCCCCUCUGCCGGUGCGGAUGUGCUGGUUUGUCUCAGUGGUUUGCUGUGCUCGUCUGCCAGACAGAGGUGUUGAGAGGGAAGCCAGGCCUGGGCCAUGUCCCCUGGCAGAGACGAAUGUUGUGGGACCUGCCCCAUAGCAGGUGGGGGUGACGUUGCAGUGGCUUCGGGCUUCGAAUUGCAUCCCAUUCUGUGGGCUCUGCGGUGGCUGGUGAGCACGUUGACGAGUCCUCUCAGUGUGGGCCGGGGUCUCGGGAGCCUCGGGUGGGGUCUGGGCUGCGCUGCUGAGGGUUCCGCCGAGGCUGGACACGGCGUUUGUGGCCCCAGCCAAUGUCCUCAGAUCCUCCUGGUGUGGGCUGGGGCAGCGGGUUCCGUUUUGGGAGAGAAAUGAGAAACCUGGGCUACAGAACAGGGUCCCGCAUGGUGGAGCGUUGGCCCGGCAGCUCCCGUCCCGGGCUGGCCGUGUGGUUUUGCCACUGAGUCUUUCUGAUGAGAAUCAGUGUGAGUAGGGGGAGGGGCGAGGUGCGUCCUUAAAACUGUCCUCGGUUCUGGCCCCCGCUGGAGCCAGCCUCCCCUCUCUGAGACCCCAGGGGGCAUUUCUGAUCUUUCCUCUGCUGUCCCACACUCUGAACAGAAAAAUCCGGCCCCAUUUCUAAUCUCCCCAGGCCCCAGCGGACACUGGGCUCGGGGACAGACGCAGGCCACAGAGCCCUUCUCCAGAAGCUGGGCAGGCGGCCACGGGCCAAGCUCUGGGCCUGCUGGAGGCAGAUGCCACCAGCCGUGGCAGAGCCCUGGCCGCCCGGCCUCGGUGAGGGUGCAGCUGCCACAGAGCAAAGCCGGGAGAAGCCUGAUGGAGCCGGCGGCGUUGAGCAGCCUUUCCUGGGGCCGCGAAGGUCUAGUGCAAAGUCAGUCAACGCGCCCUGCCGGGCUGGGCACCUCUGGGGGUGUGGGCGCCCUGCCGACCCGCCAUCUCCACACCACACUGGAGUCUUUUGAAACUCACAGUGCAAAGUGUCACAGCUUCUUAGAAAACACAGUCCUCAGGAAAACAGGCAGAUGUGCCGGGCACACUGGACGGAGCCCUGCCCGCGGGCCCACUACCGGCCCACCCAGGCUCCGGGGACCCUGCUGUGCCAGAGGUGACUCCGCUCCAGGUAACGGCUCUGGAGCCGAGCGCAGCUUCGUCAGAGCCAGUCCCAUCCCUGCUGUGCCUCCAUGUCCACGUGCCAUCUGUGCUGUCCCCGCCGGGUGGGUCCUCCAGAGAGAAGCGGCUCCCCAAGGACCAGGCAGGGCCGCCCCUCGUCUUCUCAUCUCGCCCCAUUUCAACUUCUUGUCUGGAGUCCUGCUUGUGCGCCAGCUGUGGCCCCGGGGGACUCAGCGGAGGGCUCAGCUCCCCAGGUGACAGGCGGCUGAGCCCUCGGCAGGACCCUGGGCACCAGCGUGUGUGCGUCUCGCGUCUGUGUUUCUGUGGAGCUGCGUGUCGUCCUGCAGGCACCCCGUGUGCCCGGGCUGGGCUCACGUGGUCCGCAGAGCUGUGUCCCUGGUGUCGGUGGAUCCUCCUUGGGCCUGGCCCACUGCGGGGGAGGGGGGGCUCCCCAAACUGACGUGGACCUCGCCCAGGACUGUCUUAGGUCCUGAGAAGGCGUGGCUCCCGCCCCGGCUUGGCAGGUGUCCAUGCCCAGCUGGGAGGGUGCAGCUGGCCCCUCCCCGGCCACGCCCUGGGAGGGCUGACAGCACAGUGGGGGCCCCUGGGCACGUGGGGGCUUGGAGGGUGGCACUGAGGGCCAGCAGGCCUCACAGAAAGCGUCCGUCCCCACACCCCACAGCCCCACGUCCACGGGCACCAGGCCUAACGGUGGGCCGUCAGGGUCCAGCACUGGGGGUCCUGGGGGCACUGGGCAGUGCGGGCGGGCCAGCUCGCCCACGCGCCUGUCCCAAGCUAAAGCCACUCUUCUCUCUCGUCCUCAGGAAUCCCUUCGCCCAUGUACAGCUGAAGCCCACGGUGACCAACGACAGGUCUGCUCCCCUCCUCAGCUGACAGCCACGUCUGCUCUGCUGCCGUGUGGCCACCCCCCACCCCCACACGGAACCUGUCACCAUCUGCCUGUUCCUGCUUAGGGAAGGCCACGCCCCCACCUGCCGGGCUGCGCCCACUGCAGUCUGGCCUGGAUCCCGGCUGUGCCUGGCAGAGGCCGCACGGAGUGGGGGCUGGUCCCUGAGAGGUCCUGGGGCAGAGGGACAGGGCAGGCACCUCUGGGCUGCAGAGCCCUGGGGCACCCCUGACGGCGAGGACAACCAGCCAGCCGCAGCUGCAGGAGCCACGCUGCCCUCGCCCCACACGUGUGGUCAAUAAACAGGCUGCCCCUGC